AUGAUUAAAAACUAUGCAAAGAAGGCUCUCCUUUAGAGGUAUAUGCCAAUUACAGGUUCAAUUUAUGAGUUUUCAGAAUCCUAAGAUACUGAAAAGAAAAAGACAAGGCCUAAAUAUACCUUUGAAGAAUAAUAAGAAGUCAAUAAAUAAAAACAUGGUAUUUCAUUCAUUCUUAUUUAGUUAACUUUUUAUUAAAAAGAAUACUGUUAAACUAAUAUAGAUACAAACCUAAUAAGGAUGAAAUGGUUAAAAAAAUUAAUUAAUAUUUCAAUCCUAAAAAAUAAAAGCCUGAAUAAGAAGUCAUUGAAACACAAUAAACAGAAGAAGGAUAAGAAGGUCAAAAACCUCAUAUAAGAAUUCCAUUUAUUAGUAAGUUUACUGUAUAAAGAAUAUUCAGGGAUUAUAUUCAAGAAAAAAAAAUCUUUAAAUUCAAAAGAGAUUAUAUUUUUUCAAAGAAAAUAAGACCUUAUAAACCAUCAAAAAAAGAUAUUAUUAAUUAAAUGAACAUUGAACUUAUAAAUCAAAAAUCAAUUGCAAAUCCAAAUUUAUUUGAUAAAUUUAAAUAAAGACCAAGAGAUUUUGAAAAUUACAAUCUAACUAAUCUCAUCAUGAGAUUUGAUCGAUUCUAACCAUCAUAGGUUUAUCAUUUAUUAAAAUCUCAUUUUUCAAAUGGUCUUUAUGGAUUCUUAAAAGAAGAAUAAUUUACGUAUUUAUAAUUAUUUAUUUAUAGAACUUUAAUAUUUAACAGACCAUCUUUCUAAAAUUACAUUAGUUAAUUACCUGAAUAAUUCUUUGUUAACUAUCAGAAAUAUCUUAACUAGGAUCACAUUAAUUAAAUAAUCAAAGAGAUAGAAUAUAAAAAUACUAAAUUCUUACCAAUUCUCAGAUUUUGUGAAUUAAAGAGUAAAGGUUAGUAUUUUGAUCAUUAAGAAGCUUUUGAAUAAUUUCUUAAAAAAGUUCCAGAAUAAGAUUAAUUACUUAUAUAAUAUUUCUUUUUUAAUGAAAACUCUUCAAAAUUACUUAAUAAUGAAUCUUUUUUAAAAAGUAUCUUAAAUAUAUAAUGGGGUGGUUAAUUAAAUUCAGAAUCUUUAAAAUAAUAACUUAUAACUCUCCUCAAUGUAAAAUUUAAGAUUAAUUUAAACAAAGAAUUACAAUUGUAUUUGGCAGAUUUAUUUUUUGGAUCUGAAACAUUUGAUAAAGGAAUUAUUGCAAUUGCCUUAUAAUUUUUAAUGUUUUAAAGAUUGGCAUAAGCUCAUCCAAUUAAAGAUUUAUUAGAAUGUUUUAAAUAAACUUUUGGAGAAGAUAGAUAUAGAUUUUAUUUAGAGUAAGAAUUACCUAAAAUUCUAUCCAAUUUGAAUGUUAAAACCUAUUAUUUAUAAUAUUAAAAAGGUUAGAUUGAAUAUCAGUAACACAAACCAAGUAAAAAUAUAUUUAAAAUUUAGAAAAACAACUGACUUUAUAAAAUUAUACAAAUCUUGAUGGAAUAUUCCUAAAAGGUAAAUAUAUUUAAGUUUCAUAAUUCUAAAUUCGUUAUAAUAUAAAUUCCACAAAUUUAAUGUUCUCCUUUUAAACAAUUGCUUAUGAUGUAAAAGAAAAUGCUAUAAAAUAAGCAGUUUAAGAAAAUUCUUCAUUAAUUUUAGAAAAAGAAUUAUCAACUUAUUUUCAUUAUAAAAAUUAUAAAUCUGAUAUAGUCAACAUGGCACAUGAAUAAAUAUAUUAAAAAAAACUUUAUAAUAAAAAUCUUAUUAGAUAUAAUCUAACAAAAUAAUUUGCAUAAAAAAAGCGAAGAUUGAGAAGAUUUAGACGUAAAAUAGAUGCUAAAAAAUAAUUAAAUUUAUUAUAUAAGGUUUUGAAAAAACAUUAGAAAAUCUAACCUUUAUUAUAAACAAUAACUUUAGUUGAAACAGAAUCUCCAAAAGCACCAGAAGGAACUGAAGAAAAACCAUAAGAAACUGAAGAAAAACCUUAAGAAACAACAAGUGAAGAAUAAUAACCAGAAAAAACUUUAGAAUAAGAAAUUUUCACACUUUCAGAGGAGAAAAAAUAAUAUAAUCUUUUAAAAUUAGCUAGAACUAGAACCUUUACAAAAUUCUCUAAAAUGUUUCACAAAAUUAUAAUUGAAAACCGUCCUUUGAUUAAAGAAUAUAGAGAGAAAUAAUUCGUUCAAAAACCAAAAUCAAGUUUUUGUACCUAAAAAUUUACAGAAAUUUCUAAAGAUGAAGGAACAGGCUUUAUGAAUUAUUUAAAAUCUGUUGAAUCAAUUGAUUUAGAGGUUAAACAAUAAGAGGAAUUAAAUUAACUUUAAUAAUAAAAAAAGCAUCAAUAAUCAAGAAAACAUGGAAAGAUCCUUUUAGAAUAAGGUGAAGCAGAAUAACUUAAAUCAAUAUUUUCAGAGGAUAGUGAAAAGUAAUUUAAUUAUAAAUAUUUAUUAGUUUAAUGAGAAUUAGAUAGGAGUAAAAAAAAUAAGCAGAUAUGUUCUAAAAAGUAGAAUAGCCAUAUAGAUUUAAAAAAAAUAAAGAAAGUGAAACAAGAGAAUCUGUAAAUAGAUAGACAUUUGAAAAAAAUGAAUAAGAAAAAUUAAUUAUACCUCAAUUAUAAGAAUAAUAUGUUAUUGAUAAUUAAUUGUAUAAUUCAGAAUUAAAGGCUAAAGCUCAAUUUUAGAUGGAAUAAUUUUUCAAAGAAGAAUAGUCAAAAUAAUAAUUAAUUGAAAAUAUUUAAACUUUUUUGAGUGGAAUCAAAUAGAGUGAAGAUGGUUAUCACCAUUAUUUGAUAUCAGAAUUAAUUUGGACAUUAGAAAAUAAAAAACCUUAAGAGGCAAGAUUAAUAUUUACUUAAAUUAUUUGUUAAGUAAAUAAUAAGAUUGAAGUAAAUGAAAAGAUUAAGGUUAAAUAUACUACAUAAUAUGGAGAAAUUGAAAAGAAUUACGGUAAAUACAUCAAUUAAACAUGUACAUAAUUUUCAAUUGGAUCAAAAGGAUAUAAUUAUAUAUUAGAUUACAUUUUAUAAGAAGGAAAUUACAACAGAUUAUUAUAUAAGAGAGUUUUAGCUCACUAUUGUCUUUAUGAAACUGUUCUUUAUGAUUCUACAUUUGAAAGAGUUGCUUAAAUUACAAAGAAUAACAAAAUUCCUUAGACUUGUGCUGAAUUCUUUUAUGCAUUUUAAUCAACUAAGAUAACAAUAAAUUAUACAUAAAUGAGAAAGGUUGUUAAUUUAUUAUAUUAAUUUAAACAUUUUGAAGCUGAAGCAGAAUAAUUAAUUAUUGGAUUUUUUUAUGUGUUUUAAUGGUAAUUAAAAUUUGAAGAAUUAUAACCAAUAUUUUAAAGAUUAAUAAAUUACAAUAAGAGAGAUAGAUAUAUGUCUUUAUAUGAAUCUUUGAAAGAUUAAUUAAUGGGAAGAAAACUUAGAUAAAUUCCAACAUAAGAUCCAGUAGAAGUAAAUAAAAUUAUGACUGAAUAUAAAUCUUUAUAGAAAGAAUAAAUUAAAUAAUUUGUAAGAAAGUUUUCAUAAUUAUUGUUGGAUUCUAAAUUACCUGAUGAUGCUAGAUUAGUUAUUAAUGAUGCUAAAAGAUACAGAUAUUAGUAUGAAAUUUUAGAUUAUAAACUAUGGAUUUUAUCUCAUGUUAACUUUUUUGAAGAUGCUUUGAAAAUUUGGAAUGAUUAUGGUAUUAAAUUCCCUAAUGUUUAUGAUAUUACAAUGUUUAAAGCUUUCUAAUAAGUUUUAUAAUAUUAAGAGACUGCUCAUGAAUCAGAUGACACUAAAGCAUUAUUUUAAGACGUUAUCAGAAUUUAUAUCUUUGAAAAGAAGAUUCCCUUAGAUCAUGAUUUAAUAUUUGAAAUCACAAAUACUUAUAAAAGACUUAAAGAAUUUACAAGUUAUUAGAAUUUCAUGAAAUUCUUAUUAGAAAUCAGAUAUAAAUGCAUACCUUCUCAUAAGUUCUUAUUUUAUAAAAUGAUGAAUUUUACUGAAAUUGAUAGUGUUAAAGAAACUAUUAAAGGAAUUAUUGAUAUACUUUUUAAGGAUGAGUAACAUAAAAGAAAAGAUUCCAAAAAACAAAAAAAAGAAGAAGAAGAAGAAGUUAAUUAUGAUCUUGGUAACAAAGGACCAAAUCCUUUACAUAUCUAAGAUAUGUCUAGAGAAGUAAUUUUCAUUAUUAAAUUUAGAAUAAAUUAAAUAAUAAGAAAAAGAAAGGUAUUCUAGUAAGAGGUGGCAAAAGUAAGUUUUCUUAAAUAGAAACUGAUGGUUUAGCUGAUAAAAAUAAAGAAGAAGAAGCAAAAACUUCAAAAGAUGCUAAAACAACAAAAGAUGCCAAAGCAACAAAAGAAUGAGCUAUAAAUUUAGUGUAUAAAUAUAGUAAAAUA